GGCCUCGUUCGCACGCUGCCCAAGGUGCAGCCGUCAUCUUUAGACCGGUUGCUGUUUUUUUCCUGCUGUUUGCAUUCUGCACGAUUCCGAGGCAACCCCGUCACCACCUUUCUUUCGCAUAGGCACUCUAGAUUAAGGCCUCGUUCGAGCCCCUGGCGGUCAAGAUGUCGACGACGAAUUCCCAAGACCGGGAGCUCCGAAAAGAAGACUCGACCCAGGUUACGGCAGAUGACCAAGACAACCAACAAUCACAGGUCCGGUUCAAGUCCACGAUUGAAGAGAUUGCCCCCGAUAAUGCGACUUCGACGAGUUUACCACUGGCCAACGGCGUCCCUCUCGGCAAUCCCGGCCAGGUAACUUCUGAGGACAUCCGCCAGCUUUCCGACAGGUUGAGAGCCUGCCCGCUCCAGGAACGCAGAAUGAACAUAUUCUCAUACGAGCCUGUUUCAUUACCGCCUUCAAGGACCACUUCUCGCGACGAAGAAUCUCGAGAGCCGAGCCGCCAACCAACUCGAAGUUCGACCGCCCAUGGCUCACCACACCUGACCGCCAGCCGACGAAGCCCGGACAUGCACUCACCACCUCUUACACCAGCCGGGACAGACACCACCGAAGGUGGGCUAAAACGAGAGCCCCCUGGCAACCACGAACGGUUGGGUCGGGCACCCGACGUCAUAACUCCUCAGGAUUCGACCCAUGAGCCGCUGUCAGCCGGUUCAUCUCGAUUGGCGGUGCCGCAGCACGUCUCGGCGGACCGCGAACGAACCUCGCGGAGACCCGCGACUUCUGACGGCAGAGAAAAUACUCAAACGACGCUCGGUAGCCACCGGAGGGGCUUGUUUUCAGUUGGUGCUGGAAGCGGCUCAAAUUCACCUGCCAGCUCGGUGCCGCCAUCCCGCGACAGCAGUCCGUCGCGAGCGGCAGCCGCCUCGCUGUUUUAUUCACGCCAAGCCCCACCGCCGGGAGACUCAGAUGACCCAUACGCCGCGAGUAAGCGGCAAGCACAGAAGGGCAUUGAUUCACGCUUCAUAUUCUCCAGGAAGAAGAAACCAGGCGCUUCACCCAGUUCGUCGACGCUUAGUCUGCCGCGGGCGUUGGGCGAGAAACGGCAGUCGGACGAAAGCCUUAUUCAUAGCAGGAACAGCUCUAUGGCAGAUUUGAAACGAUUCUUCAAAUUGGGCCCUAGUAACAAAACAAAACGGACGGCAUCGCCAGCGUCGUCCAUUCGGUCCGGCGGCAAGACACCACCGAGUUCCAAAUCGGCGCAGAUUCCCUUCGGAGACGAUCACGGCCUCUCGGCCAAAUAUGGAAAGCUCGGAAGAGUCCUGGGCGCCGGCGCGGGCGGUUCCGUGAGGCUGAUGAAGCGUGCUGAAGAUGGCGUCGUCUUUGCUGUCAAAGAGUUCCGGCCCCGCCACUCGUACGAAACGGAGCGCGAGUACGUGAAGAAAUUGACGGCAGAGUACUGCAUGGGUUCUUCGCUUCAUCAUGGCAACAUCAUCGAAACGCUCGAUAUCGUCCAGGAGAAGGGCAAGUGGUACGAGGUGAUGGAGUACGCCCCUUUCGAUCUCUUUGCCAUCGUCAUGACGGGCAAGAUGUCCCGGGAGGAGGUUAGCUGCUGCUUUUUGCAGAUCCUCAGCGGUGUCACCUACCUCCACAGCAUGGGCUUGGCACACCGCGAUCUCAAGCUCGACAAUGUGGUCGUCAGCGAACACGGCAUCAUGAAGAUCAUUGAUUUUGGGAGUGCGCAUGUGUUUAAAUACCCGUUCGAAACCAGCAUCGUCCCUGCGUCAGGUAUCGUUGGCUCCGAUCCGUACCUCGCACCCGAGGUCUACGACGAAAAGAAGUAUGACCCACAAGCGGUCGAUAUUUGGUCGUUGGCAAUCAUCUAUUGUUGUAUGACUCUUAGGAGGUUUCCGUGGAAGCUCCCCAGAUUAUCCGACAACUCGUUCAAACUCUUCGCCGCGGACCCGACUCCUGGCCACGACCCGAAGAAGCUACUCCUUCCGCCCGCGAGUUCUACGUCAGCGUUAGCCGACACUCCGGCCCGCGACUUUGACCCGCAGGCCCUACGCAACGACGCCAACAAGUCAGUAAAUCGCGACGAGUCGAGCAAGGUUGAGCGGCCUUCGACUACGGCAUCAACCACCGCCAAUGAGAGCAGCUCUCAAAACCCGUCUGCGGAGAAGAAGGAGGUGAUCCGGGGCCCGUGGCGCAUUCUCCGGUUGCUCCCUCGAGAGAGCAGACACAUCAUUGGGCGGAUGCUGGAACUGGACCCCAAGAAGCGAGCCACGAUGGCCGACAUCAUGGAUGACCCGUGGGCCGCGGACACGGUUAUCUGUCGGCAGGAGGGCGGGCAUGUGGUGAAUGCCGACGAUCACAAGCAUGUGUUGGAGCCGCCUGCGACGCCUGCUAAGUCAUAGGAAGGCUUAGUGGCGGCG